AUGGCUCCAAGAGUUCUGCGCGGAAUUGUAAGAAGGAAAUUGACGAAACUAUUGGAAUUUUUGCUUACCAACUACAUGAGCUACAGUCAGGAUUAUACGCCUUUUAUAUACACUACUGAAUCACUGCCAGAAAAGGGCUUCCUAGUACCGUACUCUGCGCCCGGCCGUGAAAUUCAGGGUCGUGAGGCCGUCGCCUACCUAACUUUCAUUGUCGAUUACUACGAGAGUCUACCGGACUAUCUAGUAUUCAUCCAUGCCAACGAGAACCAAUGGCACAACGACUUAUUUGGCGGCAAAACUAGCAAAACCCUGAAGAACUUCCGUUAUCAAGGUGCUGAUUCCCAAGGUUAUGUUAAUCUACGCUGCUCUACCGAUCCUGGCUGCCCUACCAGUGUGAAUCCACGAGAUCCCACCCUACAAGAUACACGCCACAAGGAUGUACGAUUAUAUCUAGCGGAUAUCUAUAUGUACCUGUUUCAAGUUCCUUACGAAAGUGUUCCAGAGCAUAUUGGCGGAGUGUGCUGUGCGCAGUUUGUAGUAACGCGGGAACAGGUCUUGAAAAGGCCCAAAACAGACUAUGAGAGGAUGCUGAGCUGGGUAUCUGGUACAAGAAUUACCGACAGCUUUGGGGUAGGGUGGGUGAUGGAGAAAGUCUGGCAUGUUGUUUUCAAGAUGGAGCCCAUCUAG